AGAAAUCUGGUCCAAUGUUCCUUUAUAUUUAUUAUAUUAUCCUAGAGAAUGCCCGAAUGCCAUCAGAGUGGGUUUGAUAUUGGGCAACGUCUUCUCAGAAGCUGCGGAAUGUGUCCGUGCGUCAUUGUCAUUCUUGUUCUUCUGUGGCUGAGCACAACGCUGUACCUACGUACCUGUACUGUACUUGUAUCCAGCGGAACACACAUCUCUUCGUUAUACGUGGAGACGUUGUUGCACCAGUGGGUUCUCCGCACGGAACCGCAGCGGGCCUCUCUAGGGUUACUACAACUCAGGAUAAUACGCCCGCGGCAUUUUGUGCGGGGCGUAGUAGCAGAGCACAGUGCUGUUUACAAGUAGAGGUCGACAUCGCCAGUUUAAACUGUGGCUGAUGAGGCUGGAUCAUCAAUUCUCCGAACUCCGGCGCUAGUGUGCUUCAUCCCAAAACGCUGACAACAUGCGCCCUCUGCAUCUAAUUUGUUCACUGUCGAAUCACGUCAU